CGCGAGAUCAGUAGAGCGCGGAAGCACAGUCUGCAAGAUGCGGUGCCUGGUUGCGUUGGUUCUACUGACUGCCCUAGCGGCGGGGCCAACUGGUUUCUCUCGUUCAGAAGCUUCGCAGUCCACUUCUCUAUUGGCAGCCGGCGAAACCCAGCCUGUCAGUCCGGAGAAAGUCCCUAAGCAGCCCUCCCAGAGUCUCACAUCUAAGACCGUGGAAAGCAACUCGGUUACGUCGGGCCAGCAGCACCAGUCCACAGAAGACAGUUCUAGCAAAUCAGAUAAGAAGCCCGCCUCCGUGGAAGAUGCAUCUGAAAAGUCGAAUGAGGAGCCCCCAUCCACGAAAGAUACUUCUGACAAGUCGGAUAAGGAGCCCCCGUCCACGGAAGAUAAUUCUGACAAGUCACAUAAGGAGCCCGCGUCCACGGAAGAUAAAUCUGACAAGUCACAUAAGGAGCCCCCGUCCACAAAAGACACUUCUGACAAGUCGCAUAAGGAGCCCCCGUCCACGGAAGAUACUUCUGACAAGUCACAUAAGGAGCCCGCGUCCACGGAAGAUAAAUCUGACAAGUCACAUAAGGAGCCCCCGUCCACAAACGAUACUUCUGACAAGUCACGUAAGGAGCCCCCAUCCACGAAAGAUACUUCUGACAAGUCGGAUAAGGAGCUCCCGUCCACGGAAGAUACUUCUGACAAGUCACAUAAGGAGCCCCCGUCCACGAAAGAUACUUCUGACAAGUCGGAUAAGGAGCCCCCGUCCACGGAAGAUACUUCUGACAAGUCACAUAAGGAGCCCCCGUCCACGAAAGAUACUUCUGACAAGUCGGAUAAGGAGCCCCCGUCCACGGAAGAUACUUCUGACAAGUCACAUAAGGAGCCCCCGUCCACAAAAGAUACUUCUGACAAGUCACAUAAGGAGCCCCCGUCCACGAAAGAUACUUCUGACAAGUCACAUAAGGAGCCCCCAUCCAUGAAAGAUACCUCUGACAAGUCGGAUAAGGAGCCCCCGUCCACAGAAGAUACCUCUGACAAGUCGGAUAAGGAGCCCCCGUCCAUGAAAGAUACUUCUGACAAGUCACAUAAGGAGCCCCCAUCCACGAAAGAUACUUCUGACGUGUCAAAUAAGGAUCACCUCUCUAUGAAAGAUGCUUCUGACAAGUCAGAUUGGGAGCAUGGGUCCACAAAAGACCAUUCUGAACCUGAAGAGGGUUCUCCACUUAAAGAAGAAAAAGAUAUGCCUGGUCCUGACUCUAGAGAGAGUCCUGAAGAGACACUUUUUGACUCCAUAAAGAGGAAGAACCUUUUUAAGGACAAUCCUGGAAGUGUCAGGGCAGAAAGCAGCCACUUCUUUGCAUAUUUGGUGACUGCAGCCAUUCUUGUUGCUGUCCUCUACAUUGCCUAUCACAACAAACGGAAGAUUAUUGCUUUUGCCCUGGAAGGAAAAAAAUCCAAAUUUAGUCGGCGGCCGAAGGCCAGUGACUACCAGCGUUUGGACCAGAAGAUUUGAUUUUUCUGUUUUUGAGAACUUCGUCUUCCCUGCUGAUUUGUUUCUAAAUCAAGAGAAAUGAAGAGAAAAGUACUGUGAACCAAGAGUUACCCUCUAGGGUUUGGUGGCAAGUCCGGGCUGGCAGAGGUGGGGCGGGGGUGGCAUUGCUUUGAUUUUUGCACCUGCACUUUGGUGACCUUGUACUCUUUUGUUCCUAUUAUUCACUCCCUCUGAGUGUGGGUAGAAGGAGCGAGCAUGUGGAAACCCAGCUUUGACCAAAGGGAGAUCCCAGCUCCAGGCAGGCUAGUGCUAUUGACCAUCCUGCCUUGGGCCUUGGCUCUGUGGUGAAGUUACCCCUUGAAAUAGCAUUGCACUUGCCACUACUCAUCUUUGCAGACCUAGGAGAGAACUCAGCAGCUUGAGGUACUUUUCUACCAGGGCCUCUUUGGGGGAAUGUGCCCUACAAGAGAUAGACAGGGUGAAUGCUGAUGGGCAAAGGGCUACAUUGAACACGUAACUUCUAUUCAAAGGCUUCAGCAGCAAACCAUACCAGCAGCUUAAAAAAAGUGCUUUACUGCCUGCAAGUUCAACCUGUUUAGCAUAACUUCCUCAUGUUUUCCUCAUAUUUUCAUAUUACUUCAGGCAAAGUGAAUCAACUUUCAUUUGGUUGUACUGAGCAUAAAACUGAACUUGAGGAUUCUGGGAGUAAAGCUAUAAAGCCACUGUUCCCAUCACAGGUUUUAAAAAAUAUAGUUAUGAUUACUGAAAUGCUGUUCUUCCUUACAAUCUUAACAGGAGCUUUUUGAAAUAGGGUAAGUUCAUGCUUUGUGCAAGAAAACACGUAAGAGAGUUUUGGUUUGGGUCUGCAUUUUUCUCAAAGGCCUUUUAUGAAAUAGGUUCCCCCAAACUCCACUUUGCCUUUGUUGCCUAAAACAGACAAAAUAGACCUAUUUAGAAACUAACCAUAAUCUUUCUUUUACCUUAAUCUAAUUAUAAAAUGCUAAGGGUAGUUAGUAAAAAUUCUUCUAUCCCGUGGGAGAGGUUAUUAAAUUUUAAGAAAUUCACAGAGUUCCCCUAGGGUAACUGAGGGUAGUGUCUUGGAACAUGCUGUUUGAAGUUUUAUGUGAAUCUAUUCUAGUCAUACUGUCCUAUUACUGAGAGCCUAAAAAGAGUUAUUUCUGCAAAGGAAAAACAAAUAGAAUAACCGAUCUCAAUACAAGGAAUGGUGGGACAUGAGGGGAAUAUGAUAAAUUCUGUGCUGUUGAAGAAGUAAGUCUGAAGAAGGGACCAUCGUGUUUGUCCUACUAUCUUCCACCUUGCUUAAAACAGUUCGUGGCUUUGAGUUGAGAUUUUCAUUCAUUGCAGGUACCUAUUUGUGGAGAUCAAGAAUGAAUGAAUGCUCUUCUUGGCAUCAUUCUCUCUACUUGUGCACCAGCCUUGUACUUUCCUAUUCUGUCAGGCUCCCCUAGCUUCCCUAAAACCAUGGUUAUUGUAUUCCCUUUUCUGUCUCCCCCGUCCCUUCCUUUCCUCCUCCUCUGCCUAUUUACACGAGCACUUUUCCUCCAACCUUCGUGCUUACACAAAUCUUCACCCCCACAUCAUUCAACUUCUCCAGUAAGUGUUGCUUCCAUUACUUUGCUAUUCAUUCUCUUCAUAACCUUUAUAAGCUCACUUUGGUCCCUGUCUUUCUACUGAGUGUUUUUCCAUAGGUUCAGUUCACCAAAUCCAAAGGCUUGUUCUCAAAAUUUAGUCUUAACCUUGAUAGAAUUGGACACUAUUGACCAUCCAAAUAGAAAUUCCCCUUUUUUGGUUUCUCUGACAAAUUCCUGAUGUCAAGAACUCCUUUUCUUUUUUAAGAUAGAGUGGGACGGGAGGAGAGAGAGAGAGAAAGAAACAUCGAUGUGAGAGAGACACUGACUGGUUGCCUCCCGCACAACCCCGACCAGGGCUGAGACCAAACCCACAAACGAGGUACGUGCCCUUGUACGGGAAUCGAACCCAAGACUCUUUGGUUCUUCUACCCAUUAAGCUGCCCCUCUCAACUGCCCAAUAUAUUUUUAAUCCUCUCAACUCCAAACUACAAUCUUCCCAUUUUCCUUGCUUCCCUGCCCCACACCCUCUCCCAUUCACCUCUCCCCAGAUUUGUUUCUCAGGAACCACCUUAAUUGAUUCUCCUGUCCAUCUUCUCUUGUGUACAUAGAGACCAGGUUGAUCUUUCUAAAAUACUUGCCCUGAUCCGAAGCCUCUGUUUGUGUUCCUCAUGGCUCAGAGAAUCAAGUUUAUAGGCUCUUUAGUAUCAGGACUCUACAGAUGGCCUGUUUCCUGCCUUUCUCUGCAUCCUGGCCAGGCCAAAGGCCCCUUUUGUUGGGCGCCCAUGUAGGCCUCUGUGCUUUUUUGUUCUUGCUGUAACCUCCAUUCCCUGGCUUCCUACGGUGGUUCUUUGGUUAGAUUGCUCUCCCUUCUCUUUUCACUUACCUCCCCAAACUUUGUUUCCUCAGGGCCCAGCUCAGGUUUUCCCAUGGACCUUCCUACCUUCCCCAACCCUGAAAUUGGCUCUUCCCCUUCUACUUUAAUAGCUGUUAAUAAUGUCAGUCACAGAUUCGGAAACUUCAGGAAAACAGGGCAGUCAGUAUCUGAUGUCUCUGGUCUCCUCAAGAAAACCAAGUGACUUGUGGGAGGGCCAUCUGCCUAGCAUAGUGACAUACCUUAGGUACUUCAAGAGUUUCGUUUCUUCUUGCACAGAGGACGUUUUCUUGGGUCAGGACAUCUGGAUGUGACUGCACUGCGGUCUCACACAGUUUGUUCUAGCUAUUGGCUGCUAUUCCUGAUUGAUAGAUUUCACUUAAAAGGAGAAGAGCAGCCCUGGCCAGUUUGGCUCAGCAGAGAGUGUCGACCUGCGGUCCAAAGAGACCUGGGUUCAGUUCCCGCUAAGGGCACGUACU